AAGCGAGAAUAGUCCGCUCGUUACAUUGAAUUUUCCCUGAAAAAAAUCUGUUUUAUCAUCAUAUCAAGUCUUUAAGGUUACUCACAGUCACAGCCUCUGCAAUUUUGUGUUUUAUUGAGAAUAUUUUUUAUAGUCUAAUAAAUUAUUUGAUAUAAUAUUGUUUAAUUGAUCAUGGGUGGACAUGGACAUGGACCGCCUGAAAUUAAAAUUCCUUCUCAUACAAUAUACAAAUGGGAAAAUGUACCCGAAUUGGUAAAAUUACAAAAAGAUUUAGGAAAAUUAGGAUUAAAAGAUCCAUGGGCAAGAAAUCAUGUUUGGCGAUUUCAUCCAGGUUAUGGAACACAAUUGCAAAGGACUCUAGGUUGUUUAUUUUAUGGUUGGAAAUUAGGAAUCCCAGCAUUUCUCAUAACGAUAGCUGCGGAGAAAGCAUUUGGUAUUAAAUAUGCUGGCCAUCAUGAGCACCAUUAAAUUAUGUUUUAUUAAAUGAAUUACAAAUUGAGAGAGAGAAAGAGAGGUUAGUGUAAAUUAUAAAGAAAAAAGGAUGGAACUAGUUGAAAAUGGAAAACAUCUUUUAUUGAAGAUUAAAAUAUCGUAAAAAUAUA